AUCAACUUUGACAAGGCCAAAGGUUUGGUGGAGAUACUGUUUGAUGAGCUCUCUCAGGAGGACGAGGGCUCGUACACGGCUCAGCUGAGAGACGGCCGCGCCAAGAACCAGUUCACUUUGGUUUUUGUGGAUAAAAAGUUUCGUGAGACGCUGGCUUUGGCUGACACCAUCCGACGUGACAACAAGAGGAAGUCCUGGUCCUUAUUUCCAGGAAUUCUUGUCAUGGAGUGUAAAUGAGGAUUGUGAGUUAAUUAUGAAGUGCAAGGUGACAAAUACGAAAAAGGAAACAUCUCUCAAGUGGUUUAAGGAUGGUUUGGAGGUGACUCAGGUUGCGUAUGAUCCAUCAUCAGGGGUCAGCAUGCUUACUGUCCCACAGGUUACAAAGAAAGAGGCAGGUUCGUACAGAGCAGUGGUGUCGGACGGGAGAGGAGAGGAUGUGAGCACCUUGGACUUGCUGGAUGAGGAGUAUGACAAGCUUCUCCAGCACCUGAGUAAGCAGUGCGCAUUAUCAGCCAGCCCGCUGAAGAUUCAGAGCACCGGUGAAGGCUUCAAGCUCUACUGCUCACUCAAAUACUACACAAGUGUCCUGAAGACCAGCUGGUACUUCAAGGAGAAGAGGAUUGACCAGGAAGCCAGGACAAAGCCUGGCAGCAGCAUGCAGAAAGUCUGGAUUGAAAUCUUUAACCCAACAGAGAACGAUAAAGGGAAAUACAUGUUGGAGAUGUUUGACGGCAACGAGACACACAAACGGUUUCUCGACCUGUCUGGACAAGCCUUUGCGGAUGCUUUGCUGGAACACCAGCGAUUGAAGCAACUGGCCAUUGCAGAGAAAAAUCGAGCUAAAGUGACAAAAGGUCUUCCUGAUGUAGUAGCCAUUAUGGAGGGCAAGUCUCUGUGUCUGACGUGCUUUGUUGAUGGUGAACCAGCCCCAGAGAUCUCCUGGCUUCGUAACGAUAGGGAGAUAUUCAGCCAGGAUCACUUUACCAUCACUAAGGAGCCCAAGCGCAGCAGCAUCACUAUAAACAAUGUCAACAUGGAAGAUUCGGGAAAGUACAGCAUCUUUGUACAAAACAAAUACGGCUCGGAAACGGUCAGUGUAACCGUGAGUGUUUACAAGCAUGGGGAAAAGCCUCCAGCUAAUGCGGUGGAGAUGGGUUAGGACUCCAAACUGAGUCCAGAAAUCAGUAUUCUGCAGGGAGUGAGGGUUUACCAAGUUCAGGCCACGUGUUGCUCUUAAAAGAAGAAGCGUCAAAUUUUCCUCUGAGCAAAGCUGUUGCUCAGUUCACUGUAUUCAUGGAUUAGCUCCUACAGCUUUAUUUGGUGUGUCUAGUGUCCAUUUGGUAGCUAAUUUUAGUUUAUUGGCUUACAUCAACUAAUCUAAACUACAGCUACAGAUGCCAGUGUUUUGCAGUAGAUCAUGGUAGCAUUUUCUGUAAGCAAAUUAGUAAUUAGAUAAGAAAAAGCUCAUUUAUCUGUUUGUAAUUGACAUCAUUGAGCUCGUUUGCUGGCUUUGACUGGCUUUACUUUGGCACUGCAUUUUAUCAUUUAUCUGCUUUUGGCCACGCUGGCAUUGUUCAGCAAGUGUUGCUUUAAGCGCUUUAGAAAACCCUCAACUCUAACCCGAGUUUUUGUUGAAGCAGAUCUGUGAUUU